AUGCCUUUAGAGGAACGCGACCAACGAGCGCCUCGGCUGCCAGCGGGCCAUCACUAUGCCCGCCCUGCCAUUGGCUCGUGGGCGCGCGACGCAUUCGCGGCCGGCACAGCGCAGAGGGAAUCCGAGGCCGACUUUGCAGCCCACAACUACCACCCACUGCCCAUUGUUUUUGCGCGGGCAAGCGGCUGCAGCGUGUGGGACCCCGAGGGCAAGCACUAUCUCGACUUCCUCUCUGCAUACAGCGCCGUCAACCAGGGCCACUGCCACCCCGAGCUCGUCAAGGCGCUGACGGAGCAGGCUUCGCGUCUGACGCUCAGCAGCCGGGCCUUCUACAACGAUGUCUUCCCCCGCUUCGCCGAGUAUGCGACCAAGCUGUUUGGCUUCGACAUGAUCCUGCCCAUGAACACGGGCGCCGAGGCCGUCGAGACGGCAGUCAAGAUUGCGCGCAAGUGGGGAUACAAGGUCAAGGGCAUUCCGCAGAACGAGGCCCUCGUCUUCUCGGUGCAGGAAAACUUCCAUGGCCGGACGUUUGCUGCCAUUACCAUGUCUACUGACCCCGAGUCUCGCGACAACUACGGUCCAUACUUGCCUGGCAUUGGCAGUGUGUGCCCGGUCACGAACAAGCCGAUUCGCUACAACAACGUUGACGAUGUUCGCGAGACAUUAGAAAAGCACGGAAAGAACACUGCUGCUUUCCUGGUGGAGCCCAUCCAGGGCGAGGCUGGCAUUGUGGUUCCAGACGACAGCUAUCUGCGCGAGGUGAGGGCGUUGUGCGACAAGCACAACGUGCUUUUGAUCUGCGAUGAGAUCCAAACGGGCAUUGCGCGAACGGGCAAGAUGCUCUGCCACGAGUGGAGCGGCAUCAAGCCCGAUCUGGUUCUGCUGGGCAAGGCCAUCUCGGGCGGCAUGUAUCCUGUGUCGUGUGUGCUGGGUUCCAAGGAAGUGAUGCUUACUGUCGAGCCGGGCACCCACGGUUCGACGUACGGCGGCAACCCUCUGGGGUCGGCUGUUGCGAUCCGGGCGCUUGAACUGAUCCAAGAAGAAAACAUGAUUGAGCGGGCAGAGACGCUCGGCAACAAGUUCCGCGAAGGACUCAAGAACAUGAACAGCCCUAUGAUUACGACGAUCCGAGGCAAGGGUCUGCUAAACGCCAUUGUCAUUGACGAGAGCCGGACCAAUGGACACAGCGCGUGGGAUCUGUGCAUGCUCUUCAAAGAGAAGGGACUACUGGUAGGAAGAGCCCUCAAGAUCAUGCAUGUAAAAGAGGUUGACGGUGCUGACUAUGACGGCCAGGCGAAACCCACGCACCAGAACAUUAUCCGGCUUGCGCCACCGCUGGUUAUCACGGAGCAGGAAAUUGAGUCAGCGCUGGCCAUUAUCAAGGAGGCCAUGGACGAGCUGCCCACGCUCCAGGGUAAGCGACAGGAUUAG